AUGGCCGAUCUUUCUCCUUCUAUUGACAAGCCAUCAGAUUCUCUCAGUAUAGGAAAUUGUGACAACUCACAACAGAUAUCAAAUAGCGACACACCAUCACCACCUCCCGGUUUAUCAAAAUCCAAUUCAGUCAUCCCAAUCAAUUCAUCCAAUCACAGUGCACGUUCUCCAUUUGAAGGAGCUGUAACAGAGUCACAGUCCCUCUUCUCAGACAACUUUCGGCAUCCCAAUCCAAUUCCAAGUGGACUCCCCCCAUUUCCUAGCUCUCCACAGACGUCCAGUGACUGGCCCAUGGCACCAGAGCCACAGAGUCUCUUCACAUCAGAAACCAUCCCAGUAUCCUCCUCUACAGACUGGCAGGCAGCAUUUGGAUUUGGUUCAUCCAAACAGCAAGAAGAUGACUUGGGAUUUGAUCCCUUUGAUAUCACCCGCAAAGCCUUAGCAGACCUGAUUGAGAAGGAACUGUCAGUUCAAGAUCAACCGUCUCUCUCACCAACAUCUCUUCAGAAUCCUUCCCCACACACUACAACUGCCAAAGGGUCAGGAUCUGGAUUUCUGCAUCCUGCUACACCCGCAAAUGCCAAUUCUCUCAAUAGCACAUUUUCAGUCUUGCCACAGAGGUUCCCACAAUUUCAACAGCAUCGAGCAGUUUAUAAUUCCUUCAGUUUUCCAGGCCAAGCAACUCGCUAUCCUUGGAUGGCCUUUCCUCGCAAUAACAUCAUGCACUUGAACCACGCAGCAAAUCCCUCUUCAAAUAGUAAUUUCUUGGACUUGAAUCUCCCACCUCAACACAGCACAGGUCUAGGAGGGAUCCCCAUAGCAGACAACAACAGUUCUGUAGAGAGUUUAAAUAUGAAGGAAUGGCAGGACGGGCUAAGGGCACUUCUACCGAACAUUAACAUCAACUUUGGUGGACUGCCCAAUGCUACUUCCCCCUCCAACGCCAACCACAGUGUACCAACGUCCAACACUGCCACAACCGACAGCCUGAAUUGGGACAGCCCUGGGAGCUGGAUGGACCCCGCAAUCAUCACAGGUAUCCCAGCCUCCACUGGAAACAGUUUAGACUCUCUUCAAGAUGACAAUCCACCACAUUGGCUAAAGUCUCUUCAGGCUCUCACAGAGAUGGAUGGCCCCAGUGCUGCCCCAACACAGACCCCCCACAAUAACCCCUUCAGCACACAAAUUCCAUUGCACAGAGCCAAUUGGAACCCAUAUUCUCCUCCUUCAAACCCUGCCAGUUUCCACUCUCCUCCCCCAGGCUUUCAGACAGCUUUCAGACCCCCCAGUAAACCCCCCACAGAUUUACUACAGAGCUCAGCGUUGGAUCGUCAUUAGGAAAAGUACAAAAACAUUAGAAAUGCAGGAAUUGCUCCUCCCAGACUUCCUGUACUCACCUAUGGCCCCUUUCAUAAUUUUCUUUCUGAAGAAUCUGGUUCCUGAUCAAAAAUCUUUCCCAACCAGCUUCCAAAUGCAAUGCAAUCACAGGGUCAUAACUAUUUUUUUUCUUAUGUUUUGCUGAGUCGGUGUUUGAAAUACACUGUUUAAAAACUAUUUCUUUAAAC